AUGUCAGGCUCUUUGUUAGCCGCGACCCUGACCGUCACGCCCCGGACCGCGCUGGCAGACGAGCUCGUGGAGAUCCGAGUGGAGGGCUUGGGCCCCGGGCAGCCGGUGACCCUGCGGGCGUCGGCCGUCAGCCACCGAGGCCGCCUCUUCCACUCGAGCGCGCGCUACCAGGCGGACAGCCGCGGGACGCUGGACCUGGCCAGGGACCCGGCCCUGGGCGGCGACUUCACGGGCGUGGAGCCCAUGGGGCUCCUGUGGAGCCUCAAGCCAGCGGGCGUGGAGAAUCCCUGGCUCCGCCAGAUGCCGAGGGGCGCGAUGAAAAACCCCCUCAAGGUGGAGGUGACCGUCCACGACACGGUGCCGCAGCCGGGCCCGGCGCUGGCCUCCGCCCAGCUGCAGCGCCGGUUCUCCACCCCGGAGCUGCUCCGCACCCGGCUGAGCGCGGGCCGCCUGCGGGGCGUCUUCCUGCUACCCCCAGGCGAUGGCCCUUUUCCUGGUUUGAUUGAUAUGUUUGGUGAUGGAGGAUUAAACGAAUCUCGAGCGAGUCUUCUGGCUUGUCGAGGUUUUGCUACUCUGGCUUUGCCCUUUUUUGGCUAUGAAGAUCUACCUGCAAACAUGAAGGAUUUAAAUUUAGAUUACUUUGAGGAGGCAGUUAAAUUUGUGCAAAGUCACUCAAAGGUCAAAGGUCCAAACGUUGGGGUGAUUGGCUCAGGCAAAGGGGCCGAGUUGGCUUUUUCCAUGGCUAGCUUUCUCCCAAAUAUAGCUGUGGUUGUGAGCAUCAAUGGCUGCAUCUCUAACACAGCUACAGCCCUUACAUGUGGCACAUUAAUCCUGCCAGGGCUUCCUUUUAACCUAGACAAAGUCUCUGCCCCUGAGCCUGGAGUUUAUGACAUUAAAGAAGCUCUGGUGGACCCCUUGGAUCCAGCCUAUCGGGAAAGCCGCAUCCCCCUGGAAAAGGCUGAUGCCCAUUUCCUUUUGAUCGUUGGAGAGGAUGACAGGCACUGGAAAAGUCUCCAAUGGGAUACCGCUCCUGACCGCCGCGGCGCCGCUACUCCCUCCCUGUCGCCGCUGCUCCGCGCGGAGGCAGCGCCCCCUACCGGCCCCCGCGGGAGGACCCCGCCGGCUGUCGCGCUAUCCCACAAUGCCCCACUCGCGCCGCUCUCUGGGCGGAGAGACCGGAUGGCCGCCGGGGUAGGGAUUCUGCGGAGAACUCCUGGAAGUGCGCACGCGCACUGA